AUGAAUAAACGAUUCACUCUUGGUAUCGGUUGUAAGAUUUGUACGGAGCACUCUUCAAUUAUAGCGACGCACAGCGUGGUGGGCCUGCAGCCGUUCUGGUACCACGUGUGCAAUGUGUUACUCCACGGGGCCGCGAGUUUGCUCUUCACGCGCGUCUGUUACGCCAUCGCCGGGCUCCAGACGAUUUUCGCCACUUUCGCUGGAUUACUCUUCGCCACGCAUCCCGUUCACACUGAAGCGGUCAGUGGAAUCGUGGGUCGUGCCGACGUAUUGGCGUGCGCGUUGUUUUUCCUGUCUCUUCUGGUUUACCAUGACCGGAUCUGUGCGGGAGCGAGUGAUAAUAAAAGAGUUCUCUGGAGCUCGAUUUUAGCGUGCAUGGCUAUGCUGGCCAAAGAGACCGGUCUCACAGUUCUGUUCGUCAACCUUUUCUUGGACCUUUACCGCUCUUGGCACCCGCUCAAAAGGGCCUUGCUCGAGCGGAAGUGGAACGAAGAAGCGCUGCAUUUUUCGCAGCGGACGGCCAAAUUACUAAUGGCGCUGAGUGUGCUAUUGGUGUUUCGGCUUGCUCUACUUCAGGGUUCGCUUCCCCGAUUUGUGAGCCAAGACAAUCCAGCUGCCUUUCAUCCACACAGACAAGUUCGAUUGUUGACGUUUUCGUACCUGGCCGUGUUCAACUUUUUGUUGCUGUUGUGUCCAUCGACCUUGAGUCACGACUGGCAGAUGGGCUCCAUACCUUUGGUCGCGUCUUUCUCCGAUUCGCGAAAUAUCGGCACCUGCAUUUUGAUCGCUCUCAGCCUGGUCCUCGCGUACAAAUGUUUUGUCGACUUUGAGGAGCAGAAGCAGAUCCCGCUGGUGCUGAGCUGUUUAUUACUCGUGCUCCCGUUCCUCCCGGCGGCCAACAUCCUCGUCACGGUCGGAUUCGUCAUCGCCGAGAGGGUCCUCUACAUCCCCAGCUCUGGAUUUGUCCUCCUGGUAGCUUAUGGAGUUCAGUUGAUGUGCAGCAGAGCAACUCACAAACAAAAAUCACUUAUCUGCUCCGUCAUCAUCCUAGUCUUGUGUUGUUUCGCCGCUAAAACACAUAUUAGAAAUAAAGAUUGGGCCUCGAGAGAAACUUUAUCAAGGUCGGGAUUGCGGGCGGUGCCGCAGAACGCGAAGAUGCACUACAACUGGGCCAACUGCCUGCGAGACAAGAACGAGUCGCGGGAAGCGGUGCUCCACUACCGGGAGGCGCUGGCCCUCUGGCCACAAUACGCGAGCGCCCACAACAACCUGGGCACCCUCAUGAGCAACCCCACCGUUGCUGAGCACCACUUCCUCACCGCCAUCCAGAUCAACCCCACGCACGUCAACGCCCAUUACAAUCUUGGCCAGAUCUACAGGCGGAUGAACCGGACGACGGAGGCGAUGGCGAUGCUGGAGCGGUGCCUGAGCCUCAACUCGGAGUACACGCCGGCUUAUCUGCUGCUGGCCAAGCUCCACGCCGGGCCCAUCGCCGGCCGACUCCUCCGACACGUCGCCCUCCUCGCCCCGCAUAGCCCCGACCACGCCGCCUACUACGCCGCCUGGCUAGCCAAGCACAAUAGAAUUCUCGAGGCGCAACGGUAUUAUGAAGACGCUCUCUCGAUAUCGUUCUCUCAUCUGGAGUCGCUGCUAGGGCUGGCGCGAUGUCUUAGGUCGAGAGGUCAAAAAUCAAGACUCCAACAAAUACUCCUAAGGUGGCAUAUCCAGCAGGGGAACAUCGAAGUCCGGUGGUCGGGCGGUUCAUUGCCGGGCGUGUACGCGGGCGACCUGUACCUCGGGAGCUGGGAGCUCUACAAGCAAGGCCAAGUGACGUCGGUCUCCGAGACGCGCCAAGACGCCUUCGUCUAUUGCAUCAACGAGGGAUUACCUCACUCUUGCAAAAGGGACGAAACACGGACGUCUUCGUCUGAAAGCACGGCCAAAUCAGGAUCAAACAUCACCCCAAGUUCGGACUCGAAAAGCUUCCAGUGA